AUGGCAGCACCCUCCGCUGCCGCCACAGCGACCGCAAUUAGCAGCGGUCCUUCUUCGAUUACACCACCUUCAACACUCACACAACGAAUUCGAUUAAUCCAUCCUUCCACCCUUGAGAAACACAACACAGAAUCAUCAUUAUGGGUAGUCAUGAAAGGUCGCGUUUAUGAUGUUACAGACUUUGCACCUGAUCAUCCAGGUGGUGAUGAUUUGAUCUUGCAAUACGCAGGAAAGGAUAUGGGAAACAUCAUGGAAGAUCCUUCAGAACAUUCUCAUUCGGAUAGUGCAUUUGAAUUGUUGGAGGAAUACUUUAUCGGCAAGUUGGCAUCCACAGCAGAAGAAAAGCAGGCAAGCGGCGAAAGUCAUGGAAACCCGGCAUACAUCCUUCCAGCAAAUGAUGGAAUCAUUAUCGAUGCUGAUUACCAACCUGACGAUACAGACGUUUCUGGAGAUUUCAAGAAGCAUCAAUUCUUGGAUCUUAAUAGGCCAUUGAUCAUGCAGGUUUGGAAUGCUAAAUUUUCCAAAGAGUUCUAUAUGAGACAAGUCCAUUCGCCACGCCAUCUCAAAGAGCCCGCUCGUUUGUUUGGACCAUGGUAUCUAGAGAUGUUCACAAGAACUUCGUGGUAUGUUGUCCCCUUAAUCUGGCUCCCAAUCGCGACUGCUCUGUUUAUCAGAACUGCUACUGCUUUUGUCAAUAUGACAAAAACAUCCAACGUUGAUUAUCAAGAUCUUCUGGCCCGUUCUGCUCAAGCUGGUCAAUCAAUUGCUUCCAUCAAGGUUGCUUCUUUGGCUCUGACUUUGCCCUGCUUCGUUUUUGGAAUCUUUGUUUGGACAAUUUUGGAAUACACGAUGCAUCGCUUCUUGUUCCACAUCGAUGAUUGGUUGCCGGACCGACCUUUCUUCUUGAUGUUGCACUUUUUGUUGCACGGUAUUCAUCAUUACGUACCUAUGGAUCGUUUGCGAUUGGUCAUGCCUCCAAUUCUUUUCUUUGCGCUCUCGUACCCUUUCACACAAUUGGCACAUGCAAUCUUCCCUGCAGCUGUCGCAAAUGGUGUAAUCUCAGGUGCAUUCGUUAUGUAUGUCGGAUACGAUUGCAUCCACUAUGCUUUACACCAUCAACGAUUGCCAGAAUACGUUCGCAAACUCAAAGCCAAGCAUUUGGGACAUCAUUACUCUAACCCUGACAAAUUCUUUGGAGUAACGUCUAGAUUCUGGGAUUGGGUUUUCGAAACGGAUAAAUAG